AUGUCUUCCAAGCUCUUCCAGCCGCUCAAGGUCGGCCAGGUCCAGCUGUCCCACCGCGUGGUGAUGGCGCCCCUCACCCGCUUCCGCUUCGACGACGACCACGUGCCGCUCGACAUCGCCCUCGAGUACUACACCCAGCGCGCCGCGGUGCCCGGGACGCUCAUCAUCGCCGAGGCCGUCCUCAUCUCCCCAGCCCACGGCGGCUUCCCCAACGCGCCCGCCAUCUGGGACGAGCGCCACGUCGCCGGGUGGAGGAGGAUCACCGACGCCGUCCACGCGAAGGGGAGCAGCAUCUUCUGCCAGCUCAUCGCGCCCGGCCGCGCCGCCGCCGUGUCCGUGCUGGAGAAGGAGGGCGGACACCCGCUGCUGAGCUCCAGCGCCGUCGCCCUGAGCCCGGAGGCGGCCGUGCCGCGCGAGAUGACGGCCGAGGACAUCGCCGCCGCCGUCCGGGACUUUGCGCAGGCCGGCAAGAACGCCAUCGCCGCCGGGUUCGACGGCGUCGAGGUCCACGGCGCCAACGGGUACCUCGUCGACCAGUUCCUCCAGGACACGUGCAACAAGCGGACGGACCAGUGGGGCGGCAGCGUCGAGAACCGCGCCCGGUUCGGCGUCGACGUCGCCGCGGCGCUGGUGGACGCCGUCGGCGCCGACAGGGUCGGCUUCCGCAUCAGCCCGUACAGCAACUUCCAGGGCAUGCGGAUGGAUGACCCCGUGCCGCAGUUCUCGGCCCUGGCCCGGAGUCUGCGGGACCUUGGGCUCGCGUACCUGCACGUCAUCGAGUCGCGCGUCAACAACUGGGAGGACAUUGAGAAGGUCGAGGGCAUCGAGUUCCUCCUCGAGAUCUGGGACAACGUCUCGCCCGUCCUUGUCGCCGGCGGCUUCACGCCCGAGCUGGCCCAGAAGGCCGUCGACGAGGAGUACGCCAAGUGGGACGUCGCCGUCGUCUUUGGCCGCCACUUCCUGGCCAACCCGGAUCUGCCGUUCCGCAUCAAGCACGGCUUGCCGCUGAACAAGUACGACCGCAACACCUUCUACACGCCCUCCAUCUCCCAGGGAUACAUCGACUACCCCUUCCAUCCUGACUUCAAGCCGGGCCAGCCCUUGGCCUGA